AAUUCAUUUGCAAAAGUGAUAAGGCUAAGACUUCAAGAAUCAAGAUCGAGUGUGUUAGACUGUCUAUAUAUUAGAUAUGAACUUAUAUUGUAAGUCAUCCAAUAGAUUUUCUCUAGCGAUUUCUCUGUAGUGUUAGUGUUGAACGACUCUUUUAACUUUCGGCAUUUUCAGAAUGACGGAUAAAAUCACCACGGAUGUGGAAGUCUCAAUCCGACGUCAGCUUGAAUCAUUGGUUCAAUCUGGCAGCUCUAACCAAUGCAUUUACAGAGUGCCUGAACAUUUACGAAAGGUAAAACUAGAAUGUUACGAGCCUCUAGUUGUUUCAAUUGGUCCUUUGUACCAUGACAAUCCAACCCUAUUAUCAUCGCAUGACCUAAAACUAAGGCAUCUUCAAUGCUUCCUAAAUUUCGACGUCUCCACAAAUGGCAUCAAUGCUAAAUCCUUAGGUCAAUAUAUUGACAUUAUUAGAGGAUUGGAGAAGCUAGCGCGUUCCUAUUACGCAGAAAAGAUAACUCUUUGUAGUGAUGAAUUUGUGGAAAUGGUAUUAAUUGAUGCUGCAUUCAUCAUCUUUUUAUUUAUGGAAUUUUCCAAUCAUUUUAUUCUCCGAUCACAUCCUAUGGAAAACAAGUAUGAUGUAAUGUUACAAGUGCACCAAGAUUUAUUUCUUGAAGAAAAUCAGUUACCCUUUUUUGUCAUAAGCCGUCUAUUCGACGAAGCACUUGGUGAAGCCUAUCCCAAUAUUACCUUCAAAGAUGUUACUUGUGAUUUCAUAGGCAAUAGUUUUUUCCCUGGAAGAGAAGUCGCUCAAACAACCGGUAAAGACAGAUUAACGAAGGUGUCAAACAUUAAGCAUCUUGUUCAUGUGUUAAGGAUUUGUUGUUUACCCACGAAGCUCCGGUAUGAAUUACCCGAAAACAAGAAUAGUUUAGAUUCUGAUGAAUUUCCCUUAACUGCCAAGGAGCUUAAGGCAUUAGGAGUGAAAUUUAUGGCAAGUGAAAGUAAGGUUUUAUUAGAUAUUACAUUUUCUGAAGGGGUUUUAUAUAUUCCAACAUUGACGAUUCAAGACCUUACCGAAUCUAAUCUUCGAAGCAUCGUGUUUUUCGAACAAUGUCACCAUUUUUACGAUUCUUAUGUAAUCGACUAUUUGUUUUUCCUGGAUGCAUUGAUACACACUUCGGAAGACGUGCAAAUUCUGGCUCAACAUGGAAUAAUCAAGCAUUGGCUUGGGAGUAACGACGAUGUGGCUACUCUGUUUAAUCGAAUCACAAAGAACCUAACCAUGAAAAACCCGGGAUUUUACUACGCUCAAGUUUGUCAAGAUUUGAAAGUGUAUCCUACCACCAUGUCCAUGUCGAGGAAGAAUAAAUGGAAGGCUGUUUUUAAGAGAGACUACUUUGAUUAUUAUCCAUGGUCUAUCACAGUGCUUAUAAUACUCGUAGCAUUACAGGUUUAUAGUGGUUUUAUGAAAUAGUACGUUAUAUCUUGUUUUCGACAACAAGAGCUUCAUAAGCACCACAUACUUCCUCUGUUACACCAUUAUGUUUUAGUUUCUACUUUUUUUUUUUUUUUUUUUUUUUCAUUUUACUCGUUGCGUUAUCUAGUUAUGGCCUUCUUUACAAGCAAGUUAUGGUGAGUUAUUCCAACUUUGUUACUCUAAUGUAAGUUUUCGGUUUUUCGACAUUUUUUUUUGCUAUCUGCUGUAAUUUUUUUCCCAUAAGCGUUGUACUCAAUAUUACCAUAAGCGUUGUACUCAAUAUUACCAAGUACAGAAGUACUAUUUACGAAGCAUUUUCUAAA